AACUUAUUGGUAUAUCGUUCCGGCCUUAAUAGAUUUCGAUGGUUGAGCGCGCAUUCGACGUGCACAUAGACAAAGGAUAGAACCGUUUAUCCUAACCGCUUGUCCGCACUAGUCGUCAUCGCGACCGGGAUUAGGUUUUAUCGCCGUUCUCUCCCUCUUGUAACAGUUAUACUAUAAAUAUUACAACAACCGUUACGGUACGCGAUUUCCCAACGGUUUUCACCGUGUUCACUACUCACUCGUUUUAGUUUUUCACCCACAAAAUGUCACCAACGAAUCUCGACAACGUGCUCGUCUCCUUGGGCAUAGGUCGGUACCAGUUCGUGGGCUGUCUGCUGUUCGGACUCAUGAUCAUGUACUCCAAUGUGUCGCCGAUCGCUUACAUUUUCACCUCGGGCGACUUGAAGUACAGGUGCGAGAUACCCGAAUGCGACCCGUUGGCGCAGGCGGAACGAACUUACCAACCGGACUGGUUGCGGUACACGACUCCAUUCAGGGAGGACACGGGACUGCCAAAGAAGUGUCUUCGGUACGCCACAGUGACGGAUCGGUCGGGCAACGGUACGCAGUGCGCGCCGGACAUAUUUGACGGCCAAGUGACUGAACACUGCGGGGACCAGUGGGUGUUCGAAAACUACGAAAACACCAUCGGCACAGAGUUCGGACUCAUGUGCGAAGAGAACAAAUGGAAGCUGUCCAUGGUAGGAACGAUCAACAACUUCGGCCAGUUCAUCGGUAUACCCAUGUCGGGUAUCAUUGCCGACAAGUUUGGCCGUAAGUUCACUAUGGUGUUCUGUGCAGUUACAUCGGCCAUAAUAUCCAUCGGCCAAUCGUUUUCCGUCAACUAUCCAAUGUUCUUGAUCUUAGAACUUUUGUCUUCAACCAUUUCCAGCGGUAUUUACACGGUUACAUUCGUACUAGCGAUGGAGUUGGUGCUGCCCAAUCAUCGAGUAAUCAUCUGUUCGCUUCUGGAAUGUUUCUAUCCGCUGGGUGCCAUUUUGGUUUCUUUUAUCGCCAGUCAGGUGAAAGACUGGAGGCUCUUAUUACAGUUGUCCAACGUGCCGGGGCUGCUGUUCCUCUCUUAUUACUGGAUGGUAGAAGAAUCGAUGAGGUGGUUGGAAAUGCAAGGCAAACACGAACGGGUGAUCCACGCACUCCAGGUGAUUUCGGGCAUCAACAAGAAGCCUCUACCCGAAAUACAUCUGACCACAAGAACAAAGGCCACGAAAUCUAUUGAUGACACUGGAUACAUCAGAAUAUUGAAGGACGUAAUUCACUCGCCAACUUUACUCUGGAGAAUGAUCAAGUGUUCAUCCAUAUGGAUAGGAAUAACUAUGGUGUUCUUCGGAUUGACCAUAAGUGCGACCGACAUCGCGGGUGACAAGUAUUUGAAUUUCACGUUGGUGUCGCUGGUCGAGAUCCCGGCCUGCUUGUUGAACUGGAUGGUGAUGGAAGGCUUCUCCAGGAAAAUGUCACUGUCCUGCAUGCUCGUGUUGAGCGGUGCCACUUGUGUCGCUUACAACCUGACGUCGUCCGAUUACUUCUUUGUGAAACUGUCGCUGUUCUUGAUCAGCAAACUGGGCAUAUCCGUCGCGUUUGUCAUCGUCUACUUGCUGACCGUGGAAAUAUUUCCCACCCGGAUGCGAGUCAGCUUGCUAUCCAUAUGCUCCAUGAUCGGUCGAAUAGGGUCCAUGUUGGCGCCGCAGAUCACACUACUGGGCGAUUACUUUGGCGAAUUCGUUGUGAUGCCGGUGUUCGGCAUUACCGCUCUAACGGCCGCGGUCGUCACCAUGACCAUGCCUGAGAGCAAAAACAUCAAACUGCCCGACACCGUCGACGAAGCCGAGCGGAUCGGGACCACACGUCAACUGUUACCGGAAAACGUGAACUCGGCGUGAAACGGUCGUCGCUAAUCGCGCGUGAAUUUAUUUAAAACGUGUUCUAAAACGUCGUGGCCGUGCACAUCUAGUAGAAUUCAUCGUUUCUCGAGCAACCAGGGUCUUGGUUCCAUAAGAAUCAAACAAGACUAGGGAGUUAUUUUUAUUUUUUUAAUAAAAAUGUUAAAAAAAAAAUAAAAACAUUGAAAAAAAAAAUUAAAAUACUAGCAAUAAUAAUUGACUUACUAAGAAACGUUUUCUUUUCCGUUUAAAAGUACCGCAGUACUUUAUGGUAGUUAGUCUCCUCAUAAGUAAAAGAAAAUUGCGACCGGUAAAACCAAUACUUUAUUGACGGGUCGAGAAACGACUAACUGCGUUUUUGACCUGUUAUCACGACGAAAUGUUGAGAAACGAUGAAUUUUAGAUCUGAUAUUUGUUAUUUCAAUCGGUUAAGUCAGUGGUUGUCGGUGUAUGCGUCUUUAACUGAGAUGACUUUGGGAAUUGAUUUUCACUGAACUCUUGUGGCCCACUACACGCUAGAAUAAUAAUUAUUAUCGUUUAUACCGGACAACUUAGCGUAGUGCAUCGUAGUGCAGUAUUGAAAACAAGACUGACAUUAGAAAUAAACAAUAUAUAUAUAUUUAUGUAUAUAAAUGUGAAUUAUGUAAUUUUUUAACGUGUAAAUUAAAUGCUAUGGUUUUAAUUGAAUAAAAAUACGAAAUAAGUAUCGCAAAA